GAUGGAUUUAGUGGCUAAAAGAAGUAUUAAUUGUGAACAAGGUGCGGUACGUGCUGUCCGUUACAAUGUUGAUGGAUCGUAUUGCUUGUCCUGUGGGUCGGACAAAAAAAUCAAACUAUGGAACCCACGGACCGGUUUGCUGCUGAAAACAUACGGUGGACAUGCAGACGAGGUAAUGGACGCUGCUGGAAGCUGUGAAAGUAGUUACAUAAUAUCCGCGUCCCUGGAUAAAAGUGUCAUUUAUUGGGACGUUUCGACCGGUCUACCCGUGCGACGAUUGCGUGGUCAUGCCGGCGGUGUUACCUGCAUCCGGUUCAACGAAGAAUCAUCGAUUGCCGUUUCUGGUUCGAAAGAUAAUACGGUUGCCUGUUGGGAUAUUCGUACCCGUAAGCUGGAUGCCGUGCAGACGAUGCGUGAAGCGAAGGAUUGUAUUACGGCGCUUGUGGUGAGCGAGCAUAAAAUCAUUUCCAGCUCACUGGAUGGAUCGAUCCGGCAGUAUGAUAUAAGGGCCGGCGAGCUGGUCUGUGAUACGAUAGGUGUACCGAUUACGUAUCUGGUGCAAACGCGCGACGGUCAGUGUCUGUUGGCGGCAUGCUCCGAUGGAACGAUUCGGCUGAUCGAUAACGAUUCCGGUGAACUGUUGUCCGAGUACAAAGGACAUCGGGUGGAUGACUACACGAUCGAGUGUGGAAUUAUUUCGUCCGAUACGAAAAUUGUAUCUGGUUCGGCUGAAGGGGCGGCAAUCAUUUGGGAUUUGCUGGAGGGUAAAGAAGUGCGCCGGUUACGCAUAGGAAGCGAAGUGGUACAUUCACUAGCGCCACAUCCUACCGGGAGCGAUAUUUUAUUCGCCCGCAAGCGGCACAUCGAGGUGUGGGGUGUUCCAGAAGAAGAUGAUAUUGAAGAGAUAGAUUAGUAUAG